AUGUACAGCGCACCAGUGCUGCGAGCUCCAGCACGUGGCAUAAUACCAGAUUCGCUGGCCGAGUACCCGCGUCGCUUCGGCGAACGCGACUAUUAUCGCGCGAAUGUGGAUGAUGAUUCGGCGAACGAGCAAUUCCGCGAAGAUUCACAGAACAAGCACUUCCGUGACAAUUCGCAGAACGAACAAAACCAAACUCGUGUAAAAGAAAACUGUAUAUCCGAUGCUGAGUUGGGCCUCAAUAAAUUAAAAAUUUUCCGUUGUGAUAGAGAUUCUUGCAUCAGUGUUUAUUCCAGAGAUGGCGAUGUUUUGAUAGCUGUUCGUGAUUCCUUGUUUUGUUGUCCUGUUGCUGUGAGUGAUUAUAAUCUUCCAGGUUCUUCCUGGAUGAAUGGCGACUGUCUUCAGCUGCAGGUUCCUGUUAACUGCUCCCUUGCUAGCCAGGCUAGUCUGGUUUGCGAUUACUUUAAUUUGAUGAGCUUCUUUCAGCUUAAUACAGUUGCCAAUGUGUCGGGUUAUAUGUUGGACCUAUUCUUCUCCUCGUUUCGUGAUAUCUCUGUGGCUGGGGCUGAUGAGUCCAUCGUUCCUUGUCUCGUUAAUUGGGAUGAUGCCUUUGCUAAUAACUCUAUUGAUGAUGCAGUCGAUUUCUUUUAUUCUCAGUUUGACCACGUGAUUUCUGCCUUUGUCCCUGUUCAGAGUGUUGUUAAAUCCUCUUAUCCUAAUUGGUUUUCCAAGGAGCUGAUCUCUCUCAUAAAGGCCAAAAAACUUGCUCAUUGUACUUUCAAGUGGACUAAUGCUUAUGCGGAUUAUUUGGUUUUUUCUCAUCUAAGGGAAAACUGUAAAGCCUUGUCUGCUCAGUGUUGGUCAGCAUAUGUGAGGAAAACCGAAGCAGCUCUAUCAUCGGAUGCUAAAAUUUUCUGGAGCUUUGUCAAGAAUGCUCGUACAUCUGAGCAUCGCUCGGCGCGCAUUUGCCACGAUGAUGUAUUUUUGGAAAGUGAUGCAGCGAUUGCAAAUUGUUUUGCCGAUCACUUUGAGUCUGUAUACUCACGGAUAACUGAUCAUGAUGAUCACUUUUCGAUUCAGAGGUGUCUGGAUAUCUCCGGAUUUAACAUUUCUGAAGUUGAAGUUUUUAACACUGUUAACUCGCUAUCCUUGAAUUGUGGUGCUGGUUUAGACGGGAUUCCCCCAUCAUUUAUUAAGUCAUGCGCUUUUAUUAUGUCGCAUAUACUGUGUUUACUGUUUAAUAAAUCUUUAAAUGAUGGAAUUUUCCCUGCUGUGUGGAAGCAGUGUCUAGUCACGCCCACAUUUAAGGAUGGUGAUCAAUCGCGGGUUACUAAUUAUAGGCCUAUCUGUGAACAGAGUGUUAUCCUUAAAAUUUUUGAUUGCAUAGUAGCGCGCAAAUUAAGUUCCUUAUGCAAAAAUGUGAUAGUUGAGGAGCAACAUGGCUUUAUGUCGGGGCAGUCUACUGUGACUAAUCUUUUGAUUUACAGUGAUUUUUUAACAUCGUCUAUUGAACUUGGGUAUCAGGUGGAUGCAGUUUAUACUGAUUUCAGUAAAGCCUUUGAUCAGAUUGAUCACCUGAUUCUGAUGAGAAAGUUGGAACUCUUUGAACGCAGACUGUUAAGUUUGGUGACAGUUUAUCAAGACCUAUUGCUGUUACGUCUGGCGUCCCGCAGGGCUCUCAUCUAG